AUGAACAAAGAAGAAUAUUCAGAUAUUUCAGACUCUGAAUCAGAGGAAGUUCAUGAAACAAACAAUCAUAAUGAACACGAACACGAAGAAGAAGAUGACACACCAGAAAUUGUUGUACCAGAACGUAAAUUCUUAAAAGAAGAUGAAGAUUAUUCAGUUCCAUUCCCAGUCAUGCGUGAAUGUUUGGUCCUUUUGUUGCAAUCAAGAAGAAUCUUAAGAGAUAUGAUGUAUUAUAGAUUCAAAAUGGAUAGAUUCCUUUCUGGUAAUCUCUCUGUAUUUGAAAUUCAAAAUCUAUUACAUUCACAAAGAGAAGAUAAAGAAUCUGAUUGGAUUGCUGAAAUUCAAGAAUUAAAACGUAAUUUAGUUAGUGAAGUUAGAAGAAAUCAUACAUUAGAAAGAGAUCUUAAUCGUCUUGAUAAGAGAAUUGCACUUUUAAUUAAAAAUCGUGGUAAUAUUCAAGAUGUAUUAGCAGACAAAGCUGGUCUUAAAGCACCAAAACAUAAGGGAGAUCAAAAGAAACCAGAGCUUAUUAAUGAUCCAAAGAAAUUAGAAGCCUAUCAAAAUCUCUUUUACUUACUUCAAACAGAACCAAAAUAUUUGGCAGGUUUGGUUUAUUUGAUUCAACCAGAGCAAAUGGAGUCCUUCUUGGGUACCGUCAUCUUGACAUUGUUUGGUGAUGCAUUCACACCAAGAGAAGAGUUUCUCUUACUCUCUCUCUAUAGACUUUCAAUUCAAAAGGAGAUGGCAAACAUUGCAACCGUUGGUGAUUUCCUCAAGGCUGACACUGUCGUUCCAAAGAUGAUUAUCACCUACAACAAACGUAAACAAGGUACCGACUAUUUGAAGGCUGUCAUUGGUCCAAUCUUGUCUAAUGUCAUCAAACAAGAGUUGAAUCUCGAGUUGAAACCAAAUUUAGUCUAUGCUGCCAUCAUCUCUGAACAAGAGAUUAGAACCGGUGAAAAGAGUACACUCGAUAGAAAUGUCUCACAUGAGAAAGCUUUAGAAGUUCCAGAGGUUACCAAAACUAUCAAGGCUCGUGUCGAUCAAUUGAUCUCCAUUUGUGAACAAUUCCUCGAUGGUAUCAUUAGUUCAUUGAAUCGUCUUCCAUAUGGUAUUCGUUGGAUUUGUAAACAAAUCUAUCAAAUCGCUGAAAAGAAUUUCACCAAAUCAACUCAAGAUGAAAUUCUCAAGGUCAUUGGUUACUUUAUUUACUAUCGUUUCAUUCAAGUUGCCAUGGUCUCUCCAGAGGAAUAUGAUUUGGUCGGUCGUGAAAUUCAUCCAACCGCCCGUAAGAAUUUAAUCAAUGUAUCAAAAGUAUUACAAGCACUUUUCAAUUUUGCUCAAUUUGGUUCCUCUGAAAAACACUUUAUUCCUUUGAAUGGUUGGAUCACCUCUCAUAUGGGUGACAUUAAAAAUUAUCUCCAAGAGAUCAUUGAAGUCGGUGAACCAGAAGAUUAUCUCCAAGUUGAUAAAUAUAUGGAACUCACUCAAAAAACUAAACCAGUCAUUAUCAUCUCCCUUCCAGAGAUUUGUAAUACUCAUCAACUCAUCUCAAAGAAUUUAGAUUCACUCGUUGCCAAAGGUGAAAAGGAUGAUCCAAUGAGAAUCAUUAUGAAGGAACUCGAUGAAUUUGGUCCACCACCAGAUAUUGCUGCCGAUGAUGAUCGUGAAGUUCAAUUGACUCUUUCCAAUAAAUUCCAAAAAACCAUUGAAGAGGAAUUAUCACCAGGUGAAAGUCUUCUCUCUCAAACCAAAGAGAUGGUCAUCUCUUUACUUCGUGCUCUUCCAACUCUUCCAGAACAAAAAGACCAAUCUGAUGAACCACCCAAUCUUGUCGAUGUUUUAAACAAGGCUCGUCAAGCUGAUCCAUCUUUGGAGCCAGAAAUCAAAAAGAUCCUUGAUAACCUCAAAAAACUUGAAGAAUAUAAUCUCACCACCUCUGCCGAUAAUUAUUCCUCUUUCCUCAAGGCAGUCGCACUCGAAGUAGUUAAUCGUGCUGAAAUUCGUGAACAACAAAAGAAGGAGAAACAAAGAUUAACCACCUCUUUGAAUAAUCUUCGUAAACAUCAAAAAUAUCUCAACGAACAAAUCGCUCAAUACAAUCAAUACCUCCAAGAUUGUCGUCUCAAACAUUAUCAAAACAAGAGCAAAAAGAAGAAGAAGGGAGAUGGUGCCAAAGUUGGUCCUUUCAAAUUCAGUUUCAGCGAACUUCACAAGAAAGGUGUCAUCGUCGACUCUGAAGUUCCUCAAAUCACCAGAAAGAAGAUUAAAUUUGUCAUUAGCUCUGAUACCGUUGGUGUGUUUGAUGUCUCUGCUAAAAUGGCUGGUAUCGAUGUUCAAACUAUGCGUUUGGAACUUGAUGACCUUUUAGAACUCAAUUCAAUUGGCACCACAACUUUAGAAUUAGAUCAAAUCACUUUAGAUGUUAAUAUGACCAUACAUUUAUUAAACAAACUUUUCUUAUAUUAG